AUGGUAGAACCGAUGAAGAAGACUUCAAAUCUGGAAAACAUGGCAGCCGCCUACAGUUCCAUCAUUUCUCAUGUUGGUGAGGAUGUAAAUAGGCAAGGACUUCUAAAAACACCAGAACGAGCUGCCAAAGCUAUGCUCUUCUUCACAAAAGGAUAUGAGCAGCAAUUGGAUGACAUUCUUAAUGAGGCAGUAUUCGAUGAAGAUCACGAUGAGAUGGUAAUAGUGAAAGAUAUCGAGAUGUUCUCACUUUGUGAACAUCAUCUUGUUCCGUUUAAUGGCAAAGUACACAUAGGAUACUUACCGAACAAAAAAGUGCUUGGUUUAUCAAAACUUGCGCGAAUUGUCGAGAUGUUCAGCCGACGUUUGCAGGAAUUCACUCUUCUUGCAUUUCUUACAGUGCAAGAACGCCUUACUAAGCAAAUAGCAACGGCUAUGGUCCAGGCAGUGCAACCAGCUGGAGUCGCUGUGGUGGUUGAGGCAAGGUGAGA